GCUCCGCCCGCCCCGGAGCCGCCCUCCGCCACGAUGAGCAAAUGAGCGCGAGCGAGGGCAUGAAAUUUAAAUUCCACUCUGGGGAGAAAGUGCUGUGCUUCGAGCCUGACCCCACCAAGGCGCGAGUGCUGUACGAUGCCAAGAUUGUCGAUGUUAUUAUUGGGAAAGACGAAAAAGGCAGAAAGAUCCCAGAAUAUCUGAUCCAUUUUAAUGGUUGGAACAGAAGCUGGGAUAGAUGGGCAGCUGAAGAUCAUGUCCUCCGUGACACUGAUGAAAACCGGAGAUUACAGCGAAAAUUGGCAAGAAAAGCUGUAGCUCGCCUAAGCACUGGAAGAAAGAAGAAACGCUGCAGGUUGCCUGGUGUUGACUCUGUCUUAAAAAGCCUCCCCAUUGAAGAAAGAGAUGAAAAUGACAAAAACUCAAUAAGCAGCUCCUCUGAAGACAGUAGUGAAGAAAAGGAUGAAGAAAUAAGUGAAGAGAGUGAUAUUGAAGAAAAAACUGAAGCGAAGGAAGAACCGGAGCUGCACAUAAGAAGGGAAAUGGAAGAAAGAACAAUCACUAUAGAAAUCCCUGAAGUUCUGAAGAAGAAGCUUGAGGAUGAUUGUUACUAUAUCAAUAGGAGAAAACGGUUAGUGAAGCUUCCGUGCCAGACCAACAUCAUAACUAUACUGGAAUCCUACGUGAAGCAUUUUGCUAUCAAUGCUGCCUUUUCAGCCAACGAAAGGCCUCGCCACCAUCAUGUCAUGCCACACGCCAGCAUGAAUGUGCAUUAUGUCCCAGCAGAAAAGAACGUUGAUCUUUGUAAAGAGAUGGUGGAUGGAUUAAGAAUAACCUUUGAUUACACGCUCCCGUUGGUUUUGCUCUAUCCAUAUGAGCAAGUUCAGUAUAAAAAGGUGACUUCGUCCAAAUUUUUUCUUCCAAUUAAGGAAAGUGCCACUAGCACUAACAGGAACCAGGAGGAGCUCUCACCGAGCCCACCUUUACUGAAUCCAUCCACACCACAGUCCACCGAGAGCCAGCCUACCACAGGGGAACCAGCGACCCCGAAGAGGCGCAAAGCAGAGCCCGAAGCCUUGCAGUCUCUGAGGCGGUCCACGCGCCAUUCCGCCAACUGCGACCGACUUUCCGAGAGCAGCGCCUCGCCUCAGCCCAAGCGCCGGCAGCAGGACACAUCAGCCAGCAUGCCUAAGCUGUUCCUGCACCUGGAAAAGAAGACACCUGUGCAUAGCCGAUCCUCCUCACCUGUCCCUCUGACCCCUAGCAAAGAGGGGAGCGCUGUGUUUGCUGGCUUUGAAGGCAGAAGAACUAAUGAAAUAAACGAGGUCCUUUCCUGGAAACUCGUCCCUGAUAGUUACCCCCCGAGUGACCAGCCACCUCCACCCUCUUAUAUUUAUGGGGCACAACACUUGCUGCGAUUGUUUGUGAAACUUCCAGAAAUCCUUGGAAAGAUGUCCUUUUCUGAGAAGAAUCUGAAGGCUUUACUGAAGCACUUUGAUCUCUUUCUGAGAUUUUUAGCAGAAUACCAUGAUGACUUCUUCCCAGAGUCUGCCUAUGUGGCUGCCUGUGAGGCGCACUACAGCACCAAGAACCCCAGGGCCAUCUAUUAAAGCUUCAAGCUUCUGGAGGAACAGCUUCUCUUUCUAGCUUUGUACCUAGGUUCCCAGGGAAGAGCGGGCAAUGGUGGACCUUUAGAAAGAGAGCAGAUGGGAUGACUACCCUGGGGUGGGGAGUAGGGUCCUCUGGCAGAGACAGGCCCAUUUAUUUGAGUUCCUGCACACUGUAGGUAUUCCUGUUAAGGAUUGCUUCCUCGGAGCCUGAACAGGCUCCCACGCCUGACCCCUGUCCCUGUAUAUGUCUGUCAUGGCAGGAAAAGAGCAGCUCUGUUGACAGUGAAACAUUCAUGAGUAUGCAUAGGGUAGGUUGUUGGAGUAGAUGUUAUAGUUAUUUGUUAGCAAUAACCCGUUGUACAGUUAUUUGUUAGCGUUAAGCAAAAUUGUUUUACAGUUUUGGAGCUCUGUCUAACAAAUGUUAGUUCUUCUUGGAAACUGCAAAGGAGUCCCAAAAUAUCUUAGAGGGAGUUGAUACAUGGUAAAAGAAAAUUUACAGCUAUACAUUUGCUUCUUACAGUUCCUUUUCUGUCCAACCUUAUUUUUGGUGAUCUAAAUAAAAUGUUGCCCGUCUUGUUUGAGAUUGCACAGCUAUACUUUGUUGUGUAAUGUUAUGAUUCUCUUUCUGUUAAAUGUUAUUUUUGGUGAUCUAAAUAAAGCAUUGCCCAUCUUGUUUGAAAGAAUCAGGAGAGAAGUUUUUACUCUGGCCUUGUCCUCUUUAUUGUUGGGGAACAGGAAGACAACCUCUUGACUCAUAACUUUUUUUGUUUCCUGUUGUUUCACCCUUGUGCCUUUUUUGUCAAGGCCUUUUGUUUUCUUCCUUCUUUGAUUUUGCCUCACUCGGUGGCUCGACUGGGAGGUGGUUCCUGGAAGUGGGUACAGCUCUUCACUGUCUUGUAGCCAUACUCUGGGCUGAGCGAGAUCAAUGGCCCUAUGCCAUUGCCAGUACCCUACAAGCCAUGAAUAGAGCACCUGCCUUUUCUUAUAGUCCUGCUUAGUUGAUCUUAACCUGUGAACAUCACUGGUCAUGGACAAGGGCCACAAAGUUUUUAAAACUCUAUAGAUUCCACUAAAGUGUAUACAUUGACCAGUGAUAAUCAGGGACUCUAACCUGGAGUAGAGAACAGCUAAGUGCACUUGGUUGCCAAGUGAGACUCAGGUUUUUGGUGUCUAACCAAGAGGAAGAGGUGGGUUCGUGCUAGAUUUCAUCUCAAUUUGGCUUAUGCAGUGCCUGUUGAAGUCCAGUACACCUACAGUGUGCUCUGAAUUGUCGAGAAAGUUUAAUUUGUGUUAUGGCCCCUAAAACAAAAGAUGAAAAAUGACAAGCAUCUACUUGCUAAAUUUCCCAGUGAAACAAACACAGACUCUCUUGGAACAUGUAUAUAGUUAUAUGCUCUGAGUUUACAAUAAUGAAAAAUCAUUUUCUCCUCCCAAAGUUAUUUCUUAAUCACAACUCCUUAACAGCUGAUCAUUUGCCACUUAGGAUUUUAAGAAACUGUUCAAAAUAUUCUUGUAUUGUGUAGUACUAAUCAUUUUUCAAAUAAUUCAUCAUUUAAAAAUGUGACUUAGGGCCUCCCCGGUGGCGCAGCGGUUGACGCUGAGUUGUGAAGCUGCCUGCAGCCUCUGCGGUGCCGGUUCAAUCCCCGGCUACUCCCCGGCCACUGAAGGAGGGUCC